AUGGACCCUCCAACAUUCGCCGAUCACUAUAGACCACUGUAUAUUGGAAUGAGGACCUUUGGCCUGGCAACUCCAUGGAUCCAGAAACCACCUUCGAUUUGGAGGAGGCUGCCCUUCCUCAUCUGGGACACGACGCUAGUAGUCAUUGUGGUCUACAUGCUCUUCUGCUAUGCCUACUCCAUCAUGACUAUUUCUAUACCUUUUCAGGAUCUGUUCGGCCUUGGAAUCAGCACUACCAACUACAUAUGCGCUCUUUCUGUGACUUUCUACCACGCAUUCUAUGGUCCACGCCUCAAGAAGAUAACUGACGACAUGGACUCAAUUGCAGAUACCAUUUGCGCCAACGGUCUCGGAGGAGCGGAGCAGUUCCUCAAACUGUACAAGACUAAUUCCAAGCUCAUGACGAUUUUUUCGUCUCUGUCCAUCCACUUCAGCGCGUAUCUUCCGUUCACCUAUUUCUUUGAAGUCCCCAUCACCGACUAUUUUACCGGCAACUACCGUUCCAGGUUCCCGGUGAAGAUACACAGUCCUUUCUACGACCGGGAUCCAGGCAUUUAUGAGCUGGUAUUAGCUAUCAUGUCGUUUUGUGUAUCUUCUUCCAUUGGCAAGAAGACUGCAACUGAUUGUCUUUUCAUGACUUUGUUUAUGAUCCAGACGAGUUUUUUGAAGUAUCUUACCGAUUCGAUGAAAGGCUUAGAAAAAGAAUUUCUAGCUGGAGAUAAUAAGCUGAUCAAAAAGAAGUUGAGGUUAUGGAUCAAGUUACACCAAGAUGUAAUAAGAAACGUACAGGAUCUGGUUCUUGCUUUUUCUCCAGUAAUUAUCAUUUAUUAUGUGAGUGUGAUUGGCAAUAUUGUAUGUGCAGCAUUUAUUCAAAUGAAGAAAGAUAAUGACAGUAUGUUUCAAUCAAUAUGUAUGUCCAUUUAUGUCAUGGUUGCUCUGACAUAUUUGUUUCUGCUAUCUGACAGUGCUGGUAGAGUAACAGUUGAGGCUCAAAAGUUGGCAUCCAUUGUCUACAGCUCGCCUUGGUAUGAAACUCAUAAGACGAAUAUCGAUGCACUUAGAUUGGUUGUUACUAUCUCUAACAAACCUAUCGACGUGACUGCAUUUAGGGCACCUGUGUUUCUCCUUAACAGGGAGACUUUUCUUACAUUUGUGGCCAGUGCUCUAUCAGCAUUCCUUACAUUCAGUCAGAUGAAAGACCGUUACGAUCAAUGAAUAUUAUUACAAAAACUUAAUUUUUAUUUCAUUUUGAACUGCUAAAUUAAAAUCCUACUCUCUAAUAUGCAACCUAGUGCAAUCUCAGUAAUUUCAACUUCAGUAGUUCAAACACUCCUAUAAUCUAAAUACAGACACAAAAAAAAAGAAGAUAAAAAUGGUGAAUGGAAAUUGUUUUUCAGAUAUGAAAAAAAAAAGGAACAAAUUUCUGAUAAAAGAUACCAAAAUGUAAAUUUUUGUCAAUUUUCAUAAUCCUAUGCACUUGCUUUUAUAGAAAUGGAAUGCCAGUUUGACAUGAAGGUUUAUCUCAUUUUAAUCACUGUAAAAGAUGGAAAUAAGUGAGCAAUAUAUGUAGACAUAAAAGGUUCAAUGUGACCAAGUGAGUAUAUAGUGAAUAUUAUUGGCUUUUAUAGUAUAUCUUUACAUUGAUACCAUUCAAGCAGGGAAAAUAUGAAAACAAAUUAAACAUUAAUUGUUCCUCAGCCAAUGCAACAAUUCAAAAACAAAUUCCAAAAACAUACUGUCUAGAAAAAAAUGGGUUGAAUAAAAAUGUAUUACUCAAUUAAUAAAUUUGAAUGUAUUUAUUGAGUUUUAAUCUUUUAUUAUAAAUAUUUGCAUGAAUUCCUGAAUAAUCUGAGUGAUGUGAAAAGCCCUUUUCAGUUAAUUUCGAUUACUGAG